AUGGCUAUGGAGUUCGACAGACAGCUUAAAGACACAGUCGUCAUGCUGAGGACUGAGCUCCCAGAGCCUGCAGUUAAGGAUGUGGAAAUUAGACGCAUCCUUUCCGCUGAGAAUAAAUUGCAUCCGGCUUUAUUUUCUGCUGAAGCUGAGCACAAGGUUUUGCAGCAUUUGAUGGAUGGCCUAAUUUCUUUCACAUUCAGACCUGAAGAUCUGCAGUGCUCUUUCUUUCGAUAUACAGUGAGGGAGCUUCUUGCUUGUGCUGUGAUGCGACCAGUCUUAAAUUUAGCCAGUCCAAGGUUUAUAAAUGAAAGAAUUGAAUCCUUGGUCAUAUCCAUGACAAAGGCCAAAGAGGGCGUUUCUCAAACAGUAGAGGCAUCUCAGGCAAAACCAACUGGUUCUUCCAAGAUUUCUGCUGAUUAUUUUUCUAGGUUCCUAGACCCUUCAGUUACUGGUGUAGAACUUGUGCAGUUAAGAAAUGAUCAGUCUCAGAAUGUGGGAGAUUCUGCUAAAACAGAAAAUGUGAAUGGAACAGAUUUUUCAAAAGAUCCACUCCUUUCGGUUGAUACACAAUCUUCUCGUUCAUGGAGCUCAUUAACCCCAAACACAACUGCAGGUGAUGAACAGGGAAUUCAACAGCACUCUUCUGCAGGGGAAUGGGGUGAUAUGUUAGAUUUGAUUUCACGAAGGAAAACCGAGGUCCUUGCUCCUGAGAAUUUUGAAAAUAUGUGGGCAAAGGGGAGAAACUACAAAAAGAAAGGGGAAAAGAAGUUAAUUGAGCAAGUCCCGCAGCAUUCAUCUGUAGGAAAGCAUGUCACUGUAGGGCAUGCAAAGGAAAUGUCGAAGGCCAAAGGAACAGAUACAGCCAAACUUAAUCCCUCUGACAGCCAUACUGUUCAAUCUGGACGUGACCAGCAUAGAGUAAUAAACUGUUCCUUUAGUUCGCACCCAGAAGAUAAUGAACCCAACCACAUGCGAUUGGAGGGGGUUGAAUCCGAAAGCAGUAGUGGUUAUAACUCUGAAGAUGAAGAAACUGGCAACAUAACAGGCCUUGAUUCCCCUGGAACUAAGGUUUGGGAUGGCAGAACUAACAGAAAUCUGGGUGUGUCUCACAUUCAUCACCCCCUUGAAAAUUCUGGAAGCCAGUUUACAAAGAAGACUAGUAGAGGGCAAGUUCAGUAUCGCAUGAUACCUACAAAUCAGUCUGGUAGGAAAAGGUAUAGAUUGAAUAGUCAUAAGCUGCCUGUUUGGCAAGAGGUGGAGAGAACAAGUUUCUUGUCUGGAGUGCUGGGUGCAAAUAUUGUGAGGUGGUCCAAAAUGUUUGCUGUAUAUUCCAUAUCUGUUACAGAUGUAAAUAGUCAUAGCUGGUCAAUAAAAAGAAGGUUCCGACAUUUUGAGGAGUUGCAUCGGCGGCUUAGGGAGUUUCCAGAGUAUAAUCUUCAUUUGCCACCAAAACAUUUUUUGUCAACAGGUUUAGAUGUACUUCUCAUUCAAGAACGAUGUAAAUUACUUGACAGAUAUUUGAAGAAGCUCCUGCAGCUUCCAACAGUUUCAGGAUCAAUUGAAGUUUGGGAUUUUCUUAGUGUUGAUUCUCAGACUUAUGCAUUCUCAAGUUCCUUCUCUAUUGUGGAAACUUUGUCAGUUGAUCUGGAUGAUAAGCCUCCUGAAACAAGUAAAAAGCUUUUGAAUGUCACUGGACCUGUGGUUGAUCAGCUAUCCUCCCGGGGAGAACAUUUGAGCAUUGAAAACAGAGAAUCUUCAUUGCAGUUGAAAAAUAAUUCUACAGUAGAUGGGUUAAGGUUGGAUACAAAAGGUUCAUCUCAUUCCUCUGUGGCUGGUAAAGAACAUGAAAAGUCAUUUACUUCAGAGAGUGAUCCAAAUGGUAGGAUGCAACAAACACAUCCUUCGCGAAAUUUGGGAAAGAUGCUAAAAGAAAGAGAGACUGAUGGUUUGGAAGAGAUUUCCAGGUCGCUUGCUGAUGCUGCCACAGAUCCAUCCCUUCCUACAGAGUGGAUACCACCAAUGAUAACUGUCCCCAUGCUAGAUUUUAUUGAUGUUAUCUUCCAGCUCCAAGAUGGUGGAUGGAUCAGACGGAAGGCUUUUUGGGUGGUAAAACAGGUGCUACAACUUGGAAUGGGUGAUGCCUUAGACGAUUGGCUAAUAGAAAAAAUCCAGCUUCUGCGUAAGGGAUCAAUUGUUGCUUCCAUUAUCAAGCGGAUUGAACAGAUACUUUGGCCUGAUGGAAUAUUUAUAACCAAACAUCCGAAGCGACAACGGUUGCCACCAUCUAGAAGUCCUUCCAUGAGUUCACCUUGUGGCCAGCAACCCUCUGAAAUAGCAUCCCUUAAAUCGAAUGAGGAGCAACAGCAACAAGAAGCAGAUCGACGUGCAAAGUUUGUAUACGAGCUAAUAAUAGACAAAGCACCAGCUCCUAUCACAGGCCUUGUUGGUCAUAAGGAGUAUGAACAAUGUGCCAAGGAUAUCUACUUCUUUCUUCAGUCAUCAGUUUGUUUGAAGCAACUCAUGUUUGACCUUCUUGAGCUGCUACUUUUAUCUGCAUUCCCGGAGUUGGAUUAUGUCUUCAAGCAGUUGCAUGAAGAAAAGAGCAAGUUUGGGGAGUUUAAAUCCAACUGAUGAAUACAUAUCAAGUUCAGUUUCAGGAAUGAGAAAACACAUGCUUGUGUUACUUUGCUCUUUCCUAAGGUCAAGAACAAACUUUUUAUGCUUGGCUUGGCUUACGAUUUUUUGCAGAAAAUACAUUAUCCUUCAUUUGGAGUAGUAACUCUGGACUUGCCCCUUGUUAGAAUUUUGCUGAAAUUAUAUAUUUUGAGAUGGCAUGAGGGGAUAAAGGAACAAAAAUGUUCUUCAGCUUGGUAAUUCAGUUUCGUCUCUCAAUCCCCAAAA